AAACGAAAUAUCCAAGAACUUCGAUUUAUAAAACAUACAAGAAUGGUGGAAUCUACAGGAAAUUUCAUUUUCACAUCACAGGAAAUUUCAUUUUCAAAUCACAGGAAAUAUCCAAGAAUUUUCGGUCCAGUAAAGUACACGUCGAGCAUAUCUCCGGGAUCUUCUGCUUCAGUUGUAAACUUUUAUGCUCUUUGAGCUUUUUAAUAUAAGUUUGGUGUUACAAAAAUCAUUAAUUUCUAUCUCGUAAAAUCUCUGUGAUCUUUAGAUCUUCUCUCCAGCGUAGUAAUGGAUCUUUACCUUCUCCUUGUGACAGUUUCUGCAACCAUCUUUACGCUUUUGUGUAGUACAAUCUUUUUUAUUGUUUAUGGAAAGUUCAGAGUCCAAGAAAACAAAAUAAUUGCUUCAUCAUCUCCACCAUCUCCCAAGUCGUCUUUGCCUCGUAACUGGACACCCGAUGUCUUCCCGAGCUUCCACGGAGCAGAUGUCCGUAAAUCAUUCCUCAGCCAUUUUCUCAAGGAGUGUAGGAGCAAAGCAAUCAGCCUGUUCAUCGAUAACGAGAUCACAAGAGGAGAGUAUAUCGGACCUGAGCUCAAGAAGGCAAUCCAAGGAUCAAGAAUUGCGAUUGUGUUGCUCUCGAAAAGAUACGCUUCUUCGUCUUGGUGUCUGGACGAGUUAGUGGAGAUUAUGAAGUGUAAGGAAGAGUUAGGUCAAACGGUGAUUCCCGUUUUCUAUAAAGUGGAUCCAACUGAUGUCAAGAAGCAGGCCGGUGAGUUUGGGAAAGUCUUUAAAGAAACUUGUAAAGGUAAAAGAAAUGAGGUUAUUGUAAAAUGGAGUCUAGCUCUAGCAAAAGUGGCCACACUCGCUGGUUACCAUUCAAAGAACUGGGAUAAUGAGGCAAAAAUGGUCGAAGAUGUUGCCACUGAGGUUGCAAAAAAGUUGUUUAACUCCACACCGUCAAGAGAUUUCGACGAAUUCAUUGGGAUGGAAGCUCAUAUGAACAAGAUUUCGCGGGUUUUACGCACAGAUUUGGAUGAAGUGAGGAUGAUAGGGAUUUGGGGGCCGGCUGGGAUUGGCAAGACCACCAUUGCUAGGUGUCUGUUUAAUCAACUAUCAGAUACAUUUCAAUACAGUGUCUUUAUGAUGAAUGUCAAAACAAUGUAUACUCCACCGGUUUGUUCAGACGACUACACUGUGAAGUUGCAUUUGCAGCAAAAGCUUUUGUCUCAGUUAACCAACCAGAAGGAGGAGGAUCUCAAGAUUUCUCACUUGGGAGUUGCACAAGAAAGACUGAAAGACAAGAAAGUUCUUGUUGUUCUUGAUAACGUUGAUCGGUUAGUACAACUAGAAGCCAUGGCCAAAAAAACUGGGUGGUUUGGUAAUGGAAGUCGGAUUAUCAUUACAACGCAAGAUCGAAAGAUUUUGAAGGCACAUGGGAUCACUGAUAUUUACAAGGUUGAUUUUCCGUCAGAUCGUGAGGCUAUUCAGAUGUUUUGUAUGUAUGCUUUUGGUCAAAAGUCCCCUGAAGAUGGUUUUGAGAUGCUUGUAUGGCAAGUUACAAGACUCGCCGGUAGACUCCCAUUGGGACUAAGGGUUAUGGGAUCUUAUUUUCGAGGAAUGUCGAAGGAGGAGUGGGAAAACACACUACCAGGGCUAAGGAUGUGCCUUGAUGGAGAAAUUGAGAGCAUUUUGAUGUUCAGUUAUAACGCACUAUCUCAUGAAAAUAAAGAUUUGUUUCUUCACAUAGCCUGCUUUUUCAACUAUGGGUGGAUAGAGAAAGUGGUAGAGCAUCUUUCAAAGAGAUUUUCUGAUGUGAGGCAACAGCUUAACGUCUUAGCUGAGAAAUCUCUCAUAUUUUUGGAAAUUGGACGUGUGAGUAUGCAUGAUAUGCUAGUCCAGCUGGGUGGAAAUAUUGUCCGCAAACAGCCCACUGAGCCUGGACAACGUCAGUUUCUGGUCGAUAAAAGAGAGAUUUGUGAAGUACUUGCUGAUGGUUCAGCGGGUAGUAGAAGUGUUAUUGGCAUAAAGUUUUAUGGAAACAAAAUAAAUGUCAGUGAGAGAGCCUUUGAAGGAAUGUCUAAUCUCCAGUUCUUAAGAAUCAGACAGGAACGUGAUGGUGAAGGAGAUACAUUUCAUCUAUUUGGUGGACCAAGCUAUUUAUCUCGUCAACUUAGAUUACUAGAUUGGAAAUAUUUUCCGAUGACAUGUUUGCAUUGUAUUCCCAACCCAGAGCUCCUCGUGGAACUAAUCAUGUUUUGCAGCAAACUUGAGAAGUUGUGGGAAGGAACUAAACUGCUUAGCAAUCUCAAAUGGGUGCGUUUGAGGGAUUCAAAAAACUUGAAGGAUGUUUCUAGUCUCUCAACUGCCACUAGUCUACAGGAAUUAGAUCUCACAGGAUGUUCAAGUUUAGUGAAGCUCCCUUACUCUAUUGGGAAUGCAACUAAUCUCCAGUUUCUGUCUCUUCGUAGUUGUUCAAGUUUGGUAGAGCUCCCUUCCUCUAUUGGGAAUGCCAUAAGAAACCUCGAGGUAUUGGAUUUUUUUGAUUGCUCAAGUUUAGAGGAAGUCCCUUCCUCUAUUGGAAAUGCCACUAAUCUCAAACAUCUGAAUUUUAGUAGAUGCUCAAGUCUUGUGGAGCUUCCUGCCUCUAUUGGAAACCUCCAUAAACUAGAAUCUUUAAAUUUGAAAAAAUGUUGCAAGCUGGAGGUUCUUCCUGUCAACAUCAACUUGAAAUCUCUUCGUGAACUUGAUCUUGCUGAUUGCUCCUUGAUGAAAAGUUUUCCUGAGAUCUCGACAAACAUCGAAUAUCUGGAUCUCACUGGAACUGCAAUUAAACAAGUGCCUUCUUCGAUCAGGUUGUGGCCUCGUCUAGAAAAAUUGCAUCUGUCAUACAACGAGAACCUCAAGGAGUUUCCUCAUGUUCUUGACAUCAUGACAGAUCUGUUCAUGAGCAACACAGAAAUACAAGAGAUUUCUCCUUGGAUCAAGAGAAUCUCUCGUCUUCGUCGACUUGUACUCAAUGGAUGCAAAGAGCUUUUGUCACUCCCGCAGCUUCCAAUUUCAUUAUCAGAACUAGACGCAGAAGAUUGCGAGUCUCUGGAGAGACUAGACUGCUCCUUUCUUAAUCAAAAGAUUGCUCUCAACUUCGCCAACUGCUUCAAACUGAAUAAAGAAGCUAGAGACAUCAUCAUCCAGACAUCGACUAGUUAUAAAGGUACGGUCUUACCCGGUAAAGAAAUGCCUAACUACUUCAAUUAUCAAGCUAAUGGAGGUUCCCUAGUAAUGAAGUUGAACGAGAGGCCUUCACCUUCAUCUGUGAGAUGGAGGGCUUGCAUCUUGCUGGAUUGUAAAGAUGAGGUUGAAGCUGCUAAAGGUCAAAUGUUGUUUGUGCGUCAAUGGAUCAAACAGAAUAGCCUCGAUGAUGUCCCUUGCAGUCCAAUUAUGCACAUUCUGUAUCGCCCUUUAAGGGAACAUCUGUACAUCUUUGAAUUCGAAGCAAACGUGACUUCAAACAAACUUUUCUUUGAAUUUGGAGUCAUCAGAGACACAUGGAUGAUCAAAGAAUGUGGAGUGCAUUACCUUAAUACCGGUUGAUGGGUUGAUUACAUGUAAUAUUGUAGUUUUUGUGUAUGAUUAUCAAUCAUCCUGUUGUGGUGGAUUAUGAGCAGUUACUUAAUACCCUAUGAAUAAACGAGAAACCAAUUCUCUCA